AAGACUGCAUGGUGACCCGCAAAGAGAAAAGAUCAAACUGCUCCUCCAUGAGCAUUCAAAGCCAAGGGCAAGAGGCCAGGAAUUAUGCCCACAAAUUAGCUGAAGCAUUGUAUGAAAUCCAGCGAUACAUCAACGUCUACUCAACACACCGUCCAGCCAUGCAGAAGUGUCUGGACCAGCUCCGGAACACUGAGAUAAUCCUGAUGGAAUUUCACCAACACUUCGCCAUCGCCUCCAAUAUGGCAGCCACAGAGCGCUCAUCCAAGGGGAAGAACAGCUUCGCUGAGUUAGCAUGGGUCCUGAUCUCCCAAGGUGCAACCGGGACCUUAAUGAAGAGCAUAGAGAUGGUGAUCCCUGAAGUCUCAGCAGCCAGGCAGAGAAGUGUCCCCCUUGAUCGCAGACAGUUGGAAACUGUGGUCGGCGCUUUUCUGCAGGAGCUGAUGGACGUCACGUACGCCCUGCAGUACCUCCGCAGGAAGAUGGAGCAUCUCAAGAAGUGCCACUACUCUACUCCCAAGGGGCAGGCCAGAGGGCAGGACGACAGCCGCGCAUCCCUGGUUAUCCCAUUGACCGGCAGAGUUGCCGGCGCGCUGGAGUCCUCCCGGAAGGCAGAGGAGAAGCUGAACCGUUUCCCCAGCCGCUUGGCGCGAUACUUCACGUCUUCAGACAAGAUCAAGGAAAACUCCAUGAUGAACCUGGUGAUCCUCGUCUCCGAUGUGGCGGGAGAAAUGAAGUCGGUACAAGAUGAGCUGUGUGGAAUUCAGUACAACCUGGAGAGCUGUAACGUCUAUAUAGGAGGUCUCAGUUUAUAAGAUGAGACUGUUGCCUUAUUGUCCUUUACUCUUUUUAUUAUUCAUGUCUCCCUUGCUACAAUGUUAGUUUUUGCAUAUGGUAGAUCUUCCCCCUGCUACUCUGGUGUGGUGCUGCCUCACAGCUCCACGGUCCUAGGUUCGACUCAAGGGAGGAGUGCCUGUCUGUGUGGAGUUUGCACGCUCUUUACUCACUUGCAAGGGUUUUAUUCCAUUAAACCUAUAUAUUCUAACAUGACAGCUCAGUAUCAAUCUAUACUGUGAUUAAAAACGUGUGGUAAAAGCUUUGGUUUAUCAUCCUUUCUGGUGUUUAGACGUUUU